AUGGCCUCCAAGGGCAACUCGAAGGGGAUCCCCCAAGGGUAUUUAGAAGGGCACUUGCGUCGUUUGGCUGAGAAAGAGAUAGGGGAGACGUUCAUGGAUGUGUUGGCUCUCACACUAUAUGGAGUCGUGCUCUUCCCUAACAUGGAGAAUUUUGUUGAUCAAGCGACCAUCGAUGUGUUUGUCGCUUACAAGAUUCAUUCAGAAAGCCCAGUCACUACGGUUCUAGCUGAUGUGUACGGGGGUUUGAAUUUGUGCUACGCACUCAAGAGGAAGAAGAUGUUAUGUUGUGUACCUAUAUUGUAUGUAUGGUUUAUAUCCCGAGUCCGAUUGGGUACAGUAAAUGCUGAAUGUCAGAUUGGGGAAUUGCCACAUGGCGGCGUUGAAAUUCGAGGGGCGAAAGAAUGGGCCCAAUUCUGUGCAGGUUUGAAUGGGGGAAAGAUUAGAUGGUGUGUCCCUGGGCUGCCCAAGUCGCAUGUCAUUUCUUGUGGGGAUUUCCCUAACGUCCCUUUGAUAGACACUAGAAGUUGUGUGAAUUAUAACCCUGUUCUGGCUCAACGACAGUUUGGGUGUCCAAUUAAGAGCUCUCCAACUCCAGAAUCUCUGGUUGCCAUAUGGACUUAUUAUGAAGAAGGAAUUUCUCAAGAUCUAAUUCGACGAGUUAGGAGUGCCUGGGGUGAGGUUCUGCGCGUAGAAAAAGACCCAAGGCCAUGGGUAAUAGACGGGAAAAUAUCUUACCGACGAUGGAUUCUGGAAAGGGUUAAUAUGAUCAAGUUACCCUUCAAAUCAUACUCCCCUGCUCCGGAGCGAUUGGAACCUGCUGAGUCUGAGGAGGUUAAAGGGCUAAAAGAAGAGAUCGAGAAGAUGAAACUAAAAAAUGCCAAAUUAAUUAACGAGCUUCAAAGUCUCCGACGUGAGCAUGUGGAUCUGAGGCGUGAUAAUGAGGAAAUGGCAAAGGCGUAUGAAGGGAUUCUCAAGCAACAAAGAGAAGAACGAGAUCAUGCUUUCAGAGUGAAACAGGAUUUGGCCGCAGCAAGCACCGCAUUAAAAUCAAGGGACCGAGAGAGAUGCAGCAGCAGCAUCUAA